AAACCCUGCGCCUAAAACCUAACACACACACUCGCCUCCGCUUAAACCUCUCAAUUCUGAACCAGAUAGCUCUGCAACUGCCGCACAUGGAGGAAAACGGCUUCAUGUUCGACCCCCCCAGCGACGAAGAACUGGAGCUCGAGCUCGAAAGCAACGAGGAACAAGAAGACGACGAGGAAGAAGUGGAUGAAAGAAGAGCCCUAGGUCAUCAGAAACCCAGCAAGCCAUCGCAAUCGCCGUGGGACUUCGCUUCCUACUCCGAAUCGGUCGCCGAAGAGCACGCCCGACGCAGCACCACCUCCAUCGAUUUCAAGAUCUCCAAGCACCGCUCCUCCGCCCCUUUCCCCGCCGCCGCCGCCGAAGACGCAGAGGAUGACGCCGACGAUUCCGAACCUGACCGACAAGAGGAUUACAGACCUGAUGACGGCGAUGACGUGGCUAACACCACUGCAGGUGAGAGUAAGGCGUUCUUUGCGUCGUCUGAAGGAGCCUCGUUUCAUGCCAGCUCGUUCAUGGAGCUUAAUCUGUCUAGGCCAUUGCUUCGAGCUUGCGAAGCAUUGGGCUACUUCAAGCCUACACCUAUACAGGCAGCUUGCGUACCACUGGCCUUAUCGGGGCGUGACAUAUGUGGGAGUGCUAUUACUGGCUCUGGAAAGACUGCUGCAUUUGCUUUACCUACUCUCGAGAGACUGCUGUACCGUCCAAAACGUGUUCCGGCAAUUAGAGUUCUUAUUCUCACACCAACUAGGGAGUUGGCUGUACAGGUUCACAGUAUGGUUCAAAAAAUUGCUCAAUUCACGGAUAUUAGAUGCUGUCUGGUAGUAGGUGGGCUAUCUACAAAGACACAAGAGACAGCGUUGAGAUCAAUGCCAGAUAUUGUUGUGGCUACUCCAGGACGCAUGAUAGAUCACCUGCGUAAUUCUAUGUCCGUGGAUUUGGAUGAUCUUGCAGUUUUGAUCCUUGAUGAGGCAGAUCGCCUUCUGGAGCUUGGGUUCAAUGCUGAAAUUCGUGAGCUGGUUAGAUUGUGCCCUAAACGAAGACAGACCAUGCUAUUUUCUGCUACCAUGACUGAAGAAGUUGAUGAACUUAUCAAGCUUUCUCUGACCCGACCGCUGCGCCUCUCUGCUGACCCAUCCACAAAAAGGCCUGCAACAUUGACUGAGGAGGUGGUUAGGAUACGCCGAAUGCUUGAGGUGAAUCAAGAAGCAGUCCUUCUUGCUUUGUGCUCCAAGACUUUCACAUCUCAAGUGAUAAUAUUCAGUGGCACUAAGCAGGCUGCACAUAGGCUGAAGAUUUUGUUUGGAUUAUUUGGGUUCAAAGCUGCCGAACUCCAUGGAAAUCUUACUCAAACCCAACGUCUUGAUGCACUGGAGGUUUUCAGGAAGCAACAAGUGGAUUUUCUUAUUGCAACUGAUGUUGCUGCUCGUGGACUUGACAUAAUUGGCGUUAAAACAGUUAUAAAUUUUGCAUGCCCCCGAGACCUUACUAGCUAUGUUCAUCGAGUGGGUCGCACAGCAAGAGCCGGUAGGGAAGGAUAUGCUGUUACAUUUGUGACCGAUAAUGAUCGGUCCCUCUUGAAAGCCAUUGCGAAGAGAGCUGGUUCAAAGCUGAAGAGCCGGAUUGUUGCAGAGCAAUCUGUGACUAAGUGGUCACAGAACAUUGAUCAGAUGGAGGAUAAAGUGGCCGCAGUGCUGCAAGAAGAGAGGGAAGAAAUGGCUCUGAGAAAAGCUGAAAUGGAGGCAACAAAGGCAGAGAACAUGAUUGCUCAUAGAGAUGAAAUCUACUCACGCCCUAAAAGAACCUGGUUUGUUACAGAGCAGGAGAAAAAUGUUGUAGCUAAGGCAGCAAAGGAAUCUGUGGACAAAGGAAAAAGCUCCGGAAAUGAGGUUAUUAGUGCCCAAGAAGCGGCUGACCUUAAGAUGAAGGAAAAGAGAAAGAGAGAGCGUGAGAAAAAUCUCCCGAGGAGGAAAAGAAGGAAACUGGAAGCAGCUAGAGAGAGAUUGGAUGACGAGAAUGAUGAUGAAGAGUUGCAAGGACAUGGGAAAAAUAAGAAAGAAAAAUCUGGGAUUUCCCUCAUUGACCUGGCUUAUCGACGAGCAAAAGCAGUGAAGGCUGGGAAGAAGGCAGCCGAUGCAGGUAAGAUUGUUCAGAAGAAGAACAAGCAAGUGAAACGGCCUUCACAAACAACCCAAUCAAGGACAGGGGAGAUGCAUGAGCUCUUCCAGAGUGAGAUGGGUGAGAAAAAGCAGAAAAGAAACCUUCGUGGAGGUGGUGGAAAGAAGAAGUCCUCGUUUAAGAGCAAGUCACGGUACAAGCGGAGGUAGUAUUGUCGAGAGAAAUUGUUGCGAUCACUUUGAAGUGCCUCAGAAUUGGUUCUGAAUCCAUGCUAGUAUUUUAACGCCGGAAAAGAAUGUACCACCACUUUGUCCAUCUUCUUUGGUUACAGGAGGAGAGAUACCAUCAUUGAGCAGGCAAUCUAACUUUGUUCUUAUAGUACAAGGGGUUUGAGGCAUCAGCAAUAGACGGAGCGGGGUUGGGACUAUCAAUUUAGCUACAACUGCCGUCAGGGGAAGGGAUAUUUGUUGGAUUUUCGUGCAAAUAUUGUAAACAGCUUUUCAUAGUUUUCUUAUGCAGUACUGUAUCUUUAUUUAAAGUUAUAAGAAGUAGGCAAUGUGUCUUUAACUACAGAGAAUCCAAGACCCGGUUGAUUGGGAACGUAGUAACCUCUUUAUUUUCAUAUUUUUCUUAUACUUGGUGAAAUUCCUGAUGUACUUUUUGUCAACUCAAAGUAUUGGAAUCAACACGUAUCUCGCCUGACUUUGCCUUUUGUGUUCC